CUCUACUGAGGACCAACAUGUCUGUAGAUGCAACCAAGUUAUUGUUUGAAGGCUUCCUGCAGAAAAGAAAAGAUACUUUGAAAAUAAGGUGGGUGACGUAUUGGUUUAGGCUUCAAAAUACGACUUUGUUCUUCUAUACCAAGGAGAAUGGCAGUGCUCCAUACUUGAGAGGCUAUUACUACAUUUACACAGUGCAGUCAGUGCGAGAGGUCCAGAGAGCUGGCAGCAAGCGCUUUAUGUUUGAGAUUAUCAUGACAAACGGAAAGAGAAAAAUGUUGGCAGCAGAGACAGCAGCUCUCAGAAAGGAGUGGGUUGGACACCUUUGGCAAGCCAUGCAUCUUUCUACCUCUCAAGUUUCGUCUAGAGGCAGACACCUUGAAGAGUGUGAACAGCGAGACAGAUUAAACAGCAGCACACCCAUCUGCUCACACAGUGACAGUGUGAUGGAGUCUCUGCCUGCCCGGCCCCUCUCGGCCCCCGCUCCUUCGGUCCAAAUCCACUGUGAAACCACGCACCUGUUUCAGGAGCUGAACAGUGAGGAGGAAACGUAUCAAAACACGCCGUCAGCCUGUAACUCCCAACAUCAAAGUGUUGACGGUCUGAAUAAUCCUCAGUGGUCCGGUGGGUUGAGCAAUGCAGAGAACAGAGAAGGAGACUAUGACGUUUUACCAGUUAGAAAAAAGAAAUGUGAGAUCAACGUUUUAACAGAGAUGGACGAGGGCGUGUAUGACUUUCCUCUCUCUUACAGGAGGUCUGUUGAACAACAAGACCCAGCAGAGAGCAUCUAUGAUGUGCCAAGCAAUCUUUUGAGGAACAUGCCUGAUCACACCAUAGCCUCAAGCUUUCAGCUGUUUCUUCUGGUUGCAGAGGAGCAGCACGAGGAGGAGCUCUACUGCAGGAUCUAAUGUCCAGUUUGAGGACUGCCAGAGGUGGACAGGAGCGUAAAGUCUUUGUACAGAAGACUGUUGCAGCUUGAUAUCUCCAUCUUUGUGUUUUAGGCUUAAGAGUAACAAACAGUAUUUAUGGAACAGAGAUAAUAAGUAUAAAUAACGUUUGUCACCUUUGCUAAACUUUUUUAUGUGAGACAACAUGCAAAACCACAACAGGGAGGUUGAAUUGUGAUAUUUAUUUCAGCUGUCUAUGACUCGGGCUGUCUAAGACCGAGAACCACACAGUCAUUUAUAACUAUAGAGAACACGCUUUACAGAAAAAUCUACAGAUACACACUGCGGGUCAGCUACACUGUGGUUCACAAGAGUAAAAUGAAUCAUAUACAUGUCACCUGGUUCACAGUUUAAAGUCAAACACCACCAACACUGAUAUUGCUAUAUUCCACACUUUGCACUGGUUUUAAUGGGAAUGGUUUGAGUCUGUUUAACCCUUAAUGGGUUUAAUGGAAUACUAAAAAAGUGUUUUGUUGCAGGUGCACGAUGAGACCAGAAUAAAAUAAGACAUGUAAAUAUUA